AUGGCCCUGGAAGCGCCCUUAAGAUCGUCGACCGGCAGCCUUAUUUCAUCGUACUCCUCAGCUUACGCAGACAUGUCCGUAUCAUCGCCAGACUCGCCGGCGGUGUCAAACAAAUUGUUGUCAAUGUCCUCACCCGCCGCGUCGAUAAGUUCACCUCAGAGCCUUCGUCCUCACUCCUUCGCAAGGGCCAGCUCUGCCAACAACCACCUCAUGAGCCCCAUCAGUGACAUCGUUGGCCCCUCACCAGUGACAUCGACCGGCACUGAGACAACCGAGAUCGAGGAUGACGACGAGUCCGUAGAUACCGGGUUCACUGUGCAGCGCAUACAUCCGAGCCCUCAGCCACAGCUACAAAUGCUGAAGACGAACAUACCAGACCAUGGACGAAAAAAUGGCAGCGAGGAGGCUAUUUCUGUUAUCCAUGCUCCUCAAAAUUUCCAGGCCUGGCCGGAGACACCGGCAGAUAUAGUUAGCCCACCCCCGAGUGAGCGCUCAACUAAGUCACCCGUAAUAUCACCGCCACCCAUUUCAACAAACGUCAAACCUGCAAAGUUCUCCAUGGAAACCGCGACACCACAGGCACAAAACUUGCAAGACGUCAUCAGUGACCAGAAUAGACUGCGCUCGAGCAGUGCGAGCAGUCUCGAAUUGAUACCAGAAAACAGCCAGGGCGAAUCGGAUGCAGAGCAGUACGAAAAUGAUCCUGAUUACCACAGCCCGGUGAUGGAAGAGGAGAAUGAAAUCCAGGCGCUCAACACUGCACUCGAGGAGUGCUGGACUCUGUGCAACACACUCGCGGGCCUAAGUUCCAUCCACAGGGAGCGCGUUUUCAGCAGCUCAGGCACGCCUGAUGCUCACGAGAAGGCAUGGAAGUGCUGCUGGAAGCUGUGCCAGAGACUGUAUCACAGUCGUGACGAAACGGAAGAGUCGUACACACUGCGGACCAACCUUGACCUGUGCCGCGAUUUCUGCCAAGCACUAUUCGAUGUCAGGACUCGAAAGGACGACACGGCGGAUUCGGUCCUGCGUGUCAGUUUUGAACUCAACAACCAUCUAUAUAGCGCACAGGACACGCGGAAUUUACCCGAGGCAUUUCGCGAGCGUACCCUGGAUUUUUACAUUACAUUGUGCCAUCGUCUGAUGAAGCAGCGCAGUGAACUUGCCGAACAAACCGAUUCUCUACUGCGGGCCUGCUGGUCGCUUGCCGAGAUGCUUUUCAGCAUUCGACAGAACCGGCGGGACGGCAAGGCCCCCGAUGAGGAUCUCCUCGGCUCCGCGGUUCAAGCUUGUUGGGAAUUAUGCGACAUCUUCCGGGAGGGCUGGACACAGAUCAGGCCUGAACGUGGAACGCCACGCCCUAGUCAAGUGACAUUCUCGUGGCACGCGCCGCAUGCAAUGGCUGCUGAGACCCGUAGCACAGCAGGAAGUCGGGCCUCGAUGCAUUCCAAACGAGAAAGCUUGAGGAGUGUGAACAGCGAGCGACCCAGGAAGCGAGAUGCCCCGCCGGUACCUGAGACGCCUGUGACCGAGUUUGAGGAUACACCCGUCUCUCCUGAGAGCUCCAGCCCGCAGAUGCCCAACAUACUUGUGCUAGGAACAAACAGCGAGAGCAGUCGUGUGACCGUUCCAAGGUGGUCAAGCAGCGCUAGUAAUCUGUCAAGCUUCUCACAAAGUAGCCAGAAGACCAGCAGCACUGCCACUGCCGGAAAGAAGACGAAAUCAAAAGUCACGGGCACCGGUGCGAGCGGAACAGGGAGCAAUAUUAGCGGGGGGAGCUCCGGAGGUACCGUGGAAGAUAUCAAUAUCACUCGGAUCAAGGCCUUGAUAGUCAAAGCGGCGAUGAAUAUUGGCUUCAGCCGGGAUAGCGCGUCUGCCAUGUCAGAUGGUACCGGCGGGGCGACUGCCCUUCAGGCGUUCGUCAAAUCACUACCUUCUGGGUCUUUCGGAAACCUCCCACAGCACGCAACUCUGCUUCAAAACUACAAGAACCUGGUACUGAGCGACGCUGCGCUUGUUGGCAGCGGCGCCGCCGGUAACCUUCUUCCGCCACGGGGAAAGAGAGUCGGUGCGGUUGACCUUGCAAAGUCAGUGGGGUGGAUGAUGCACCGGAGCUUGAACUACGGAUUUUUGAGGGAGCUGUACAAGCUUGUGUUUGGGUUUACUAUUGAAGAGGCCGAGAUGCGCAAGAACACGACCAUUGCUGUCUGA